GUGUCGGUUUGUGCAACAAGAAAGAUGUGGAUUUUCACUUUCUUAUCAUUUUGCUUUUUUUUCUCUUGUGGACUUGGAACGCAAUUUCCAGAGAUUAUCGAAAUGGAAGCUGUCAGUACAUCUGUUCAUACAUUUCCGAAAGAUUUUUCAUUUGGUGCAUCAACUGCUGCUUAUCAAAUUGAAGGUGGAUGGAAUGAAGAUGGAAAAGGUCCAUCGAUAUGGGAUACAUUGACUCACACUCAUCCAGAAAUAAUUGCCGAUCAUUCUACAGCAGAUAUUGGAGCAGAUUCUUAUCAUUUAUACAAAAAAGAUGUCGAAGCAUUAAAGAAAGUUGGAUUCCAACAUUAUCGGUUUUCAAUUUCAUGGUCAAGAAUCUUCCCUUACGGUACAAAAAUCAAUGCUAAAGCUUUUGAUUAUUACAACAAAUUAAUAGAUGAACUCAUAUUGAAUCAAAUUGAGCCGGUUGUGACACUUCAUCAUUAUGACCUACCUCAAUGGGUUCAAGAUGAAGGUGGGUUCUUAAAUCCCAACGUCAUCGAAUAUUUCAAACUUUAUGCUGAUACAAUAUUUCGUGAAUUCGGUAGCCGUGUUAAAAUGUGGAUAACUUUCAAUGAACCAUUUGACGCAUGCACUGAAGGAUAUGGACGUGGAGUAUCUGCACCACUUAUCAAGCUUUCUGGUGUUGGAGAAUAUAUUUGUGGCCAUUAUUUAUUGUUAGCUCAUGCAUCUGCUUAUCAUCUUUACAAGUCACGUUAUGCCAAGGAUCAACGGGGUAUGAUAGGAAUUACAUUAGAUGGAAGAUUCUACUACCCCAAAGAUGCAACAGUAACAAAUGACAUUGUGGAACGUGCAAUUCAAUUUGACAUUGGAUGGUUUGCAAAUCCUAUUUUCAGUAAAGAUGGCGGUUAUCCGAAAGUGAUGAUUGAUGAAAUAAAUGAGAGAAGUAAGAAAGAAGGUCAAGCUUGGUCUCGUCUUCCAAAAAUGUCAAAAACCACAAUGAAAUAUGUGAAAGGCACAGCUGAUUUUCUUGGAUAUAAUUAUUACUCAUCAAGACUUGUUCGACUUAACACAUCAGACUUUGAUCCUAAUGCUGUACCAAGUUGGUUAAGCGAUACACGAUUGAUUUAUGAAACUGAACCAUCAUGGAAACAGGCAAAGUCUUCUUGGCUUUAUAGUGUACCGCAAGGUCUUCACGAUGUUUUGGUGUGGUUUAAAAAUCAAUACAACAAUCCAUUGGUUCUUAUUACUGAAAAUGGAUGGAGUGAUGAUGGCCGAUUGGACGAUAAUGAUAGAAUUGAGUACUUGAAAUCACACUUAAUAUCAGUUUCAAAGGCAAUCAACGAAGACAAAUGCAAUGUUAUCGGCUACACAACGUGGAGUAUCAUUGAUAAUUUCGAGUGGACUCGAGGCUUUACAGAACAUUUUGGGUUGUUCACUGUGAACUUGACGAGUCCCGAAAAAGAAAGAACAGCCAAAAAGUCAGCGGGAUAUUUUCAUGACGUUAUUAAAAACAGAUCUGUUUGAUUAUCUUUGUGAUUAUUAAAGUUGUAAACAUGACAAUGCUGAUAAAACUAAGAAGACAUUUUAAUUUAUGUUUUCAAUCACAAUAAUAAAUGACUCGAU